AUGAGUCUAAGAAUUAGUCGGAGCUUUGCGUCCAAAGCAAGAACUUUGGGCGUCUGGAGCGAGUUUCAGAAGAGAUCGCCGGCGUUGAAGAUCGACAACGACAAGUUCAGAAGCGAUCUUUUCAACGGCAUCUCUGCUGAGGGUCCUCACUCGUACCAUGUUGAAACUCACAGAAAAAGCUACCAUUCUCCAGAGCUUAUCGACCCAACAUUCAAGCAGGCUUAUGAAUUGCUAGAGAAGGAGGCUGAGAGAAUAUACAAAAAGGCUGAAACCACUGGUGAUAACGAACUUCUCGUGAAGGCCGAGCUUGAGAACCCUGAGGUAUUGCACAACUUCGAAACGGGUAAGUACGAUUUGUCGUUGCCUGUUUACAGACAUCUUGCGGAGGAAAAAUGGAGGAGUUACGACCUCAUGCUCACGAUGCAAAGAUUGGAGACCCUACAUGUUAUCCCUGAUACUAUGCCCACAUUAGACCCUAAGGCUGAUGUCAAGGUGAAAUUUGGACACAACACUCGCAGUGAGUUCGUUGGAGACAUUGAGCCAGGUACGGUGUUGCCAGCGUUUGCUGUUUCGGUGCCACCUACCAUAAAAGUCCAGGAGUUCGAUACCUCUGACUACGAUUUGGGUCUCUACACUGCUGUGCUUAUCAACCCAGACACUCCAGACUUAAAGAGAAACUCUUUCAAGACUUCUCUCAACUACGGUUUGCACAACGUGCCUUUGACAUACACAGACAACUUGAUUCUGCCCGCCAAGCUUUUGUCGAACCCGGAGUACAUUUUCCACCAGUACACACCACUCGUUCCAGAGAAGAACGCUCAGAAACAAAGAGCUUGUUUAUGGGUGUUUAGACAAUCUAAGAAACUCGACAACUUGUCAUUCAACCCAGACAAGUUUGACAUCAGAAAGUUCGCUGCUGAUAAUGGUCUUACCGCUGUUGGCGCUCAUGUGUGGAGACAAGUCUUCGACAGAUCUGUCAACGAGACAAGAGAACGCUUCGGUCUUCCAAAGGGUCGUGUGUUUAGGAGAGUUAGAGGCAACAAGCCACUUGUGUAA